AUGCCUUCAGUUGUACAAGAGCCAGCCGUGCAGGGCAGACUUCUGCUGGUAUCCAACAGACUGCCCAUUACCAUCAAACGCUCCGACGAUGGCGCCUACAGCUUUUCCAUGUCAUCCGGUGGUCUGGUUACAGGUUUGAGCGGACUGUCAAAGACAACUACCUUCCAGUGGUAUGGCUGGCCUGGCCUGGAAGUCCCAGAUGCAGAGGCUGGACCUAUGGUGAAGAGACUCAAGGACGAACAUGGUGCUGUACCCGUCUUCAUCGAUGAUGACCUGGCAGACAGACAUUACAAUGGAUUCUCAAACUCUAUCCUCUGGCCUCUAUUCCACUACCAUCCCGGAGAGAUCACGUUCGACGAGUCAGCAUGGGAGGCAUACAAAGAAGUCAAUCGACUCUUCGCGAAGACAAUGGCUAAAGAUGUACAAGAUGGCGAUUUGAUCUGGGUUCACGAUUACCAUCUGAUGCUUCUGCCAGAGAUGCUUCGAGAGGAAAUUGGAUCGUCGAAGAAGAACGUCAAGAUUGGCUUUUUCUUACACACCCCAUUUCCCAGUUCUGAGAUCUACAGAAUCUUGCCAGUCAGAGAACAACUUCUUCUUGGAGUCCUCCACUGCGAUUUGAUCGGUUUCCAUACUUAUGACUAUGCACGACAUUUCCUAAGCAGUUGCUCUCGAAUUCUAGAAACACCAACCACGCCUAAUGGGGUUGAAUUCCGUGGAAAAUAUGUUACCGUCGCAGCAUUUCCUAUUGGAAUCGAUCCUGAGAAGUUCAUCGAAGGUCUACAGAAGAAGUCUGUCCAAGACCGCAUCGCUGUGCUGGAGCGCAAAUUCGAAGGUGUGAAGUUGAUUGUUGGAGUCGAUCGUCUUGAUUACAUCAAGGGAGUUCCACAAAAGCUGCACGCUCUCGAAGUCUUCUUAACUGAACAUCCGGAAUGGAUCGGAAAGGUCGUCCUCGUACAAGUCGCAGUACCCAGUCGUCAAGACGUCGAAGAAUACCAGAACCUACGCGCUGUAGUCAACGAGCUCGUUGGAAGAAUUAAUGGCAGAUUCGGCACCAUUGAGUUUAUGCCCAUUCAUUUCCUCCACCAAUCUGUCAACUUCGACGAGCUUACAGCAUUGUACGCCGUUUCUGAUGCUUGUCUCGUAUCUUCUACCCGCGACGGAAUGAACCUGGUUUCUUACGAAUACAUCGCCACACAGCGAAAGCGUCACGGAGUCAUGAUCCUGUCCGAGUUCACAGGCGCCGCGCAAUCUCUCAAUGGAGCCUUGAUUGUCAAUCCUUGGAACACCGAAGAACUCGCUGGCGCUAUCCACGAUGCAGUCACGAUGUCCCCUGAGCAGCGCGAGAUCAACUUCAAGAAGCUGGAGAGAUAUGUCUUCAAGUACACAAGUGCUUGGUGGGGAGAGUCGUUUGUCAGUGAGUUGGUUCGGAUUAGUGAGCAUGCGGAGAAGAAGCAGAAAAGAAUUAGUGGUGCGGCCGGGAAGGUGCAGGAACUGGCGGGAAACGUUAGGGAGAUGGUCUUGGGGAAGGAUGAGCUGAGUGAUUGA